GGAUCGGCAUUGUCAAUUUUUCCAGCUCGAAUUUUAAUAAUUAAUUUCAGUAUUUCACAGUUAUUUACUAUGGAAGGUUAUUUCUAAUUCACAAAUAAUAUAACUAUGUUUAAUUCCAUUUUGUUACCAUCGUCAACUCGUACCUACCUACCUAUGAACGUCUUGGCGUUUGUGAAAUGCUUGAAUUUUUAAGGGAGGUUAGGUCGUGGUUUAUUUGGUCAUGGACAUAUUUAUGGGCUCUUUGGGGUCUUCCUGUGGUGUUCUCGUUGUAUAUAUUAAGAGUUCCUCUUAAACUAGGAGAACACGUUGCUAUGGCUACUAUGUUUUUGAGCACUCUGACGCCAAAAUUCUACGUAGCGCUCACAGGAACUUCGUCACUAAUAUCUGGUCUUAUUUUGAUUUUCGAAUGGUGGUACUUCCGCAAGUAUGGAGCAUCCUUCAUAGAGCAAGUUUCACUCAACCACAUCAGCCCAUGGAUUGGGGGCGGCGAUCAGAACGGAGAUUCAAAUUCUUCAAAUUCAAAUUGCAACUCUACUUCAAUGUCCUCUCAACAGAGUGUUCCAGAGUGUAAGGUGUGGAGAAACCCAUUAAACCUGUUUAGGGGUUCAGAAUAUCAGAGAUUCUUUUGGGCUACCAAUAAAGAGCCUUUGACAUAUUACGAUAUGAAUCUUUCUGCGCAAGAUCAUCAGACUUUCUUCACUUGUGAGUGUGACGCUGGAAAGGCUGAAUACGAGAUAAUGCAGUUAGCAUGGCGUGAACGCAACCCCGUGGCCCGCGUGAAAGCUGCAAGGGAGGCCUUGGAGAAAAAUCCUGAUUGUGCUCCGGCUUACAUUCUUCUGGCAGAAGAAGAAGCAACCACCAUCAUGGAGGCUGAGAAACUGCUUAAACAGGCUCUUAAGGCAGCAGAGCUCAACUACAGACAUUCGCAACAAAAUCAGCACCAAGGGGCAAACUUGGAAGUGGUACAUCGGCGCGACACCAACGUCCUAAUCUACAUUAGAAGGCGUCUGGCCAUGUGUGCCCGUAAGCUGGGGAAACUCAAAGAGGCUGUGAAAAUGUUUAGAGAUCUAACAAAAGAGGUGCCACCAAUUAUGAAUGUGCUCAAUAUCCAUGAGAAUCUCAUAGAAGCCCUUUUGGAGAUGCAAGCGUAUGCGGACGUCCAAGCAGUUCUGGCCAAAUACGAUGAUAUCAGUCUGCCUAAGUCUGCUACCAUCUGCUACACAGCUGCGUUGCUCAAGGCACGAGCCGUGGCAGACAAAUUUUCACCAGACAUUGCUAGCAAAAGGGGGCUGACAACUGCUGAAAUGACGGCAGUGGAAGCGAUUCACCGAGCUGUUGAGUUCAACCCACACGUACCAAAGUACCUGCUAGAGAUGAAGCCUCUCAUACUGCCAUCAGAACAUGUUUUAAAGAGAGGCGACUCGGAAGCUAUUGCAUACGCGUUCUUCCAUCUGCAGCACUGGAAGAAUGUGGAGGGGGCGUUGAACCUGCUACACUGUACGUGGGAAGGGACGUUCCGUAUGCUGCCAUAUCCUCUGGAGCGAGGACAUCUUUUCUACCCAUACCCCACCUGCACCGAGUGCGCAGAUAGAGAACUGUUACCUGCAUUCCACGAAGUGAGUGUUUACCCCAAGAAAGAGCUACCGUUUUUCAUACUGUUCACAGCUGGCCUGUGUUCGUUUACUGCUCUGCUAGCUCUUCUCACCCACCAAUACCCGGAACCGAUGGGCAUCGUCGCUAAAUCUGUCCUUUCAUGGCUGUCCUUGCCAUUUCACUACCUGCUGGAGAAAAUUGAAGCAAUGCUUCCGUCAAAUCUUCUACAGCAGCUGUCACGAAUUUGAUUUUUAGGUACGAGCCUGCUGAUGGACUAAGGCUACCGAGUUCACCGAAAUUGUUUUAUUUAAUUAGUUCCUAAUCGUUUGAAUGUACGAUUUGACAAUGUUAAGUAUUUAUUAGCUAAGUUAUUUCGGAAAAAGAAAAAUGUUUUAAUUUUUCAAGUGUGUCUCAUUGAUUAUUUGUGGUAGUUAUUAUGUUUUAACGUUAUGUUCAUUUACUCUGUUACAAUCUGUACAAUAAGGUACUAAAAGUAAGAUAUUAGUUAAUUAUUAAGAGAACCAAUAAAACUCUUGUUUAUUA